AAUAGACGUGUACUCAGAGAAGGCACAGGAUGGAAAACUCAUGAUGAAUUGUUAGGGCAUGUUGAAUUGGUUCUGUCAAUGCCUGCAGUCAGAUGAUUUCACUGGCUGCACAAGAUGAAAUCUCAUAUUUCAAUGUAUAAGUAAAAGUGUCAAAGUUCAGCUGAAGCAGGGACGACUACAGAACAAAUUUUGUGUAUAUUUGUAACUAGGGCACCAGAGCAAUAGAGGAAGCCAAAAUGAGCCGGAAAAGCAAAAGGAGUUUAAAGGAGAGAUUUGCCUUGAAGAACAGCUUGGUUAAAGAAGCCCUCUCAGAAUUCCUGGGAACUUUUAUAUUGAUAGCACUUGGAUGUGGGUGUGUGGGACAGGCUGUCCUUAGCCGAGGAGCCCAUGGUGGACCCAUGACGAUAUCGGUCGGAUUUGCAAUGGCAGUCACCAUAGCAGUGUAUGUAUCGGGGGGAGUUUCUGGUGGUCACAUAAACCCAGCCAUUUCAUUAGCCAUGUGCGUGACUGGAAGAUUAAAAUGGACCAAAUUACCAAUUUACAUAUUAGCACAACUCCUGGGAGCAUUUGUUGGAGCAGCAGCUGUCUUUGGGAUUUAUUACGAUGCCUUUAUGGAGUAUAGCAAUGGAACACUUGAAGUCACAGGACCUAAUGCAACAGCACAUAUCUUUGCAACGUAUCCUGCUCCGUAUCUUUCCCUCAUAAAUGGAUUUGCAGAUCAGGUGAUGUCAACAGCUGUUCUUCUUCUGGCUGUAUUUGCUAUUUUUGACACCAGAAAUAACAGCGUACCAAAGGGCCUGGAGCCAAUUGCAGUAGGACUUCUUAUAAUCGUUCUUACGUGCUCCUUGGGAAUGAACAGUGGCUGUGCCAUGAACCCGGCCAGGGAUCUAGGCCCAAGGCUCUUCACAGCCGUUGCAGGAUGGGGGAUGGAAGUAUUCACGGCUGGAAACAAUUGGUGGUGGGUCCCUAUAGUUGCACCUAUGCUGGGAGGCGUACUUGGAGCAAUGAUCUACAUAAUUUUUAUUGAAAUCCAUCAUUCAGAUACUCAGCCAGGAGAAGAAAAUGAUACAUACGAUAAAUAUGAACUAACCAAUAUGGAGUAAGAAGUAAAGAAUUCUCAUUGUCUUGUGCAGUUUUUAUGCGAAUGAUUGUUUGGACCAUGUUAUAAAACCUGAAUGCCUCAAUUAGAAAUUCACAUUUCAAAGCAGAAAAUCUAUACAGAAGACAAGUUCAGAACUGAACACUUUCCAUGAAACACUGGGCUGAUGGCAUUCAAAACUGGGAACUUGGGAGUGGGAAGGGUAAAUUGUUGUUUUUUUCAUAUGUCUUUCAGAUCAAGUUAUAUUCUAGAUUAAGUUGUAGCAAGAUUAUGCACUGACCUGUUAAUUCAACACAUAUGAUCUUAAUCAUGUUGCCUAAUUGACUGAAAAUAGAUAACUACCUAUGCAUGCAGUUUUGUAACUAAUUGAUUCAGUGCUGAUUUAAUGUGUAAGAGCAUUGCUCACUUCUUGUAGCCAUUAUUUAAUAAUGGCUUGUCUGAAAAUUAAGAACAAUACCCAAAUUGCCUAAAUGUCCAUUGAAGUAUUUUUAAAUAACUUAAUUUUAUGGAGCCACUAAUUGAACAGCAUGGAAUCAGCUCAUCAGUGAUGAGGUUAAGUAACUCAGAAUAUUAUCAAAACCAGUAAAAUCUCUAUGUUAUAAGAUCCACACCAAAAAAGACAAAGCUGUACUUCUGUAUAGGUUCUUCACAGCAGUAAUGUUCAGUUACUUUUAAACUAUUUACUUGACCUUUAUACUACCCAAUAUGAAAAGGCUAAUCUAGAAUAUUAAUCUGAACAUCUUCCACUGUGCUUUCUGGAUAAAAUUCAUUCCUGUGGAGAUAAGCCUCUGUUGCCGGCCUACGCUGUGCAGAGGUCAGGACAAGGCCUACAUCUAUAUAAGCUUUAAAGAGGCCUUCUGCUGCUGAUCUGCAUGGGGGGAUUUCAUUUGCCUUGUGGGAGUAAUUUUUAUCUUGGUAGCAGUAAUUAAAAUUAGAAACUGGUCUCAGACCUAGUCGUAGGUCUGAAUUCCCAAAGGCCCGCUUCUGCAGAGUUCUGAAGCGGUUCUCUCUCGCCAAACAGCAGUGGUUGGACAUAGGCCACUUCCUAAAUAUCCAGCCUUGAAAAAUGGAAUUAUUUCUGCUGAAUCAUUGUGAGUUGAAUGUAUCCGAUUAAAUCAAAGUUCAUUCCCAAUAUGUACACAUAUAUAUGUUGUUGGUGGUGAUUAUGAAUAAAAGAGACAUCCCAUUCA